UUUUAUCCUUGGUCAUUAUUCUUCUUUGUUAAAAGACAAGAUCGAUGAAAACUUAAUUCACCUUGCUAAACAAUAUGGUGGUAUUUUCCGGUUACAUACAUUGUUUAACAAACCUCAACUUGUAAUUACUGAUCCAAAACUUGUUCAAACAAUUCUAAAUUCAUACGACUGCCAAGGUGUUAUGGCUAGAACUUUAAAUUCUGAUUUUUUUGGAAGUGGAUUAAUUCGUGCUCAGGGAAAAGACCAUAAACGACAAAGAAAAUUGAUGAAUCCUUUGUUUACAUUUACUAAUAUAAAGGAAAUGGUCCCAAUAUUUGUUCAAGGUGGUCGACGAUUGAAGGAUUGUUGGACGAAACAAAUUUUAGACAAAAAAGAAGAAAAGAUUUCAAUUACUUCAUUAAUUCACAAAAUAACACUAGAUAUUAUUGGUUUUGUCGGAUUUAAUUAUGACUUUAAUUCUAUUACAUCUGGAUCUGAAUUAGCACAAGCAUACUAUGUAAUCGGCACUUAUACCACCUCUCCAUUAUAUAAUGCUCUUAUCGAUCUCUUUCCUUUUAUUAGAAAAUUUCCAUUCAGUUUUAAUGUUCGUUAUAAUAAUUCUCUCAAAAUUAUUAGAACAAUUUCCGAAAAUUUAGUUAUUGAACACAAAAAAAAUCCAAUUAGAGGAAAAGAUUUAUUAUCAUUAUUGAUAGAAGCUAAUGAAAUUGCACCUGAUAAUGAAAGAUUAACACAUGAUGAACCAAUAUGUCAGAUUAAGACGCUUCUCAUUACUGGUCAUGAAACCACUAGUAUAUCAUUAUCUUGGGCAUUAUAUUUUCUCGCAAAAAAUCCAAAAUGUCAAGAUCAACUUCGUGAAGAAUUAAUUAAUGCGUUUCCUGAUAGUGAUCAUCACCCUAAUUUUGAUGAGAUCGAAAAACUAAAAUAUUUAGAUUGUGUUUUCAAAGAAACUCUCAGAGUUAUUCCGCCUGGGAACAAUCUUACAAAUUCUGUUAGUACAAUCCAUCAUAAUCCCUUGAUCUGGGGUGAAAAUGUUCAUGAAUUUGAUCCAUCUCGAUGGUUUGAUCCAGAAUUAAAAGCUAAAAUCACAAAUUUCAUGUUCUUACCUUUUGGUGCUGGAAAUAAAAGUUGUAUAGGUUCAAAAUUGGCUCAAUUGGAAUUUAAAACUUUGAUAUGCAUUCUAAUUAGAAAUUUUAAGUUCAAACUUGUUGAGGGGUUUGUUUUUAAGAAAAAACCUAUAGGUCUGCCUAGGCCUAUUCCCGGAAUAGAUUUAUUGAUUUCGAAAUUAGAUGAGUAA